UUGUCACCUCCAUCUGAAAAUAUACCAUACAUUAACUAAAUCUUAUCAGAUAUUUGCUGUUUCCUGUUCAAUAACAGAAGACUAGUUAGGUCAUGGGUUCUCUAAUGGCUGGAUGGGAUUCACCUGUUCAAGAUCCUAAGGCUGUGACAUAUCAAAGAAACAGAUCCUUCACCAAGGGAGAGAUCGAGGCUUAUUGGAAAUCGAAAAAGAGAAUAGAGGAAGAACAUCUUAAAUCCAUCUCCAAUUCACCACAGAACAGUCAGGUCAUUGUUUCGGAGAGCUUAUACCAGGGAUCGGAAUCAGGAUCAGCAGCAGUGCUCCAGAGAUCUAGCUCACUGCCCCUUACUGUUGGAAGGCAGGAUUUGGUGAUUGGUGACUCCAAUACAGAUGUAGAGAAGCUCAGAAAGACGAGUGAUUGGUGGACCAGGAGCAAUUGGGCAUUUCUGAACGUACCUCCUGUAACUGCGAUGGAAGGUCCUUCUUACAAGUACGCAUCACAGUACCAUGUCGCAAGCGUCUCCAACUCAAAGCCAGACGUGCGUUCAGGCAUAAGUGCGUGAAGAACACUUCUACUUACCGCGAAGAAUGCUUAUACUUUGAAGAGAGAGAGAGAGAGAGAGAGAGAGAGAGAGGGUGUGAUUUUAGUUGCUGUACAAAUGAGUGGUGUGAGUAAUGUCGUUUUGUAAAGUUGCGAAACCUGACCUAUGCAUUUAAUUAAGAAAUAAGUUGCUUGUUUA